CCGGCCCGGCCGGGCGGCGGCGGCGCGGGGAGGAGCCGCGGGCGGCCGAGUCGGCCCGUCGCCCCGGCGUCGCUGGGAGAGGCCGGCGCGGCAGGGAAGGGGCUGGCUGCGGCGGCCAAUGCGCAACUGGCUGGUGCUGCUGUGCCCCUGUGCGCUCGGGGUCGCGCUGCACCUCUGGCUGCUGCUCAGCUGCCCCGGCGGCCCCGGGAGGCACCCGGCAGGUCCACUGGCCUUCUUUCCUCAGUGGAAGCUGAAACAUUACGAUGUUAUUGUAGGUGUUUUGUCAGCUCGACACAAUCAUGAACUGCGUGGUGUUAUAAGGAACACUUGGUUCAAGCACCUGAAACAUCAUCCUGCACUGAACCAACGUGUCCUUGUGAAGUUUAUAAUAGGUGCGCAUGGUUGUGCUGUGCCAGUGGAGGACAGAGAAGACCCCUACUCCUGCAAACUUCUGAACAUCAGUAACCCAGUCUUGAAUCAGGAAAUUGAAGCAUUCAGUCUCCCUGAGGAUGUACCUUCUGUGCUAUCUGAAGACAGAAUUGUCAGUGUGAACUUUCGUGUACUUUACCCCAUUGUCAUUACCAGUCUUGGGGUAUUUUAUGAGGCUGAUGGGGUGGGAUUCCAGAGGAACAUCACUGUAAAACUGUACCAGGCAGAACAUGAGGAAGCUCUGUUCAGUGCUCGCUUUAGUCCACCAAGCUGUGGAGUGCAAGUGAACAGACUGUGGUACAAGCCAGUAGAGCAGUUCAUUUUGCCAGAGAGUUUUGAAGGUACCAUUGUGUGGGAAAGCCAGGAUCUUCAGGGCCUUGUUUCAAGAAACCUUCAUAAAGUGAUGGUGAAUGAUGGAGGGGGUGUUUUCAGAGUCAUUACACAGGCAGGGGAAGGGUCACUGCCACAUGAACUCACAGAAGGUGUGGAGGGAAUAGCAGGUGGUUUUAUCUACACUAUUCAAGAAGGUGAUACUCUUUUAAAAAAUCUCCAUACUCGCCCAGAAAGGUUUACAAGUCACAUAAAAAAUCUUGAGAAAGAAGAUGCUUUAUUGAAGGAAGAAAGCAGUACCUAUGAUGAUAUUGUUUUUGUAGAUGUUAUUGACACUUACAGAAAUGUUCCAGCCAAACUGCUGAAUUUCUACCGAUGGACAGUUGAAUCAACGAGUUUUGAUUUGUUGCUGAAGACGGAUGAUGACUGUUACAUUGAUUUGGAGGCUGUUUUUAACAGGAUAAUGCAGAAAAAAUUGGACAGGCCAAACAUUUGGUGGGGAAAUUUCAGACUAAACUGGGCAGUUGAUCGAACUGGGAAAUGGCAAGAGCUGGAGUACCCAAGUCCUGCAUACCCAGCCUUUGCUUGUGGGUCCGGCUACGUCAUCUCCAAAGACAUUGUUCAGUGGCUGGCAAGCAACUCUGAACGAUUAAAGACAUACCAGGGUGAAGAUGUGAGUAUGGGCAUCUGGAUGGCAGCUGUAGGACCCAAGCGCUAUCAAGAUAGUCUCUGGUUGUGUGAGAAGACAUGUGAGAGUGGCAUGUUGUCUUCCCCCCAGUAUUCUCCACAGGAACUGAGAGAGCUCUGGAGAUUAAAGGAACUGUGUGGAGAUCCUUGUAGAUGUGAGGAAAGAUGAUGGACUUGCCUUGGAAAACAGGGUGGUGUAUAACAGUCAUGGAAAAGUGUACAUUUGGAUUCAUUCUUGGAACAGUAAGGAAUAUUAAGGUAUCUUUUAGUGUUGGGUUUCAACUAAAGUAUAACAAUAUUUGCACAUCCCUUUUGAUAAUAAGUGGACUGAUACUAUUAAUUUUCUAUAGUAUAGGUGUUGAUCUGACAAAAACCAAAAUGUUUAAGAUAAAUUUCCUUUUUAUAUAAAGUCAAAGACCUACUUGUAAUUAAUAAAUGCACAUAAGAAUGCCAACUAGCCUGUCUUUUGUAAAUUAAAGCAGUACUGAGUUAACUCAGUAUAGAGCUGUACCAGGAUCCACUGGCGAGCUGUGCUCAGCACCAGGGCAUCUGGGAUGUCUUGCUGUGGCAGGUUCUGUGCUGUCUGAGGGGCUGGGGACAGCUGGGGUUAGGAUUUUUGUUGAGUUUGUUUGUAUCGUUGUCAUUUUAGAUGAUAAAUAUUAUCAAAGUUUGCUUAUACCAAAUCUUGGAAGUACUGCAAACUUGGCCUGAUUAGGAGGGAUUUCCGAUAGCUCAAUUAGAUAUGAAUCUGAGGGUACACAAGUGAAAGUAAAAUAAGAUUGAGGAACAGCAUGCUGAAGAAUGCAAAAUAACUAGUAAUGCCUUGCAGUAUGCUGAAAACUUAUUUAUACUGUGGUAUGUUAACACUGUAGGGUAGAAUAAAGGUCUGUCAGAUAUUGACCUUAAAUAGUCUAAGGCUGUGUAGAUACUUCUACAGUUACUGCUGUUUUACUUUUGUUUGCUUUAAGGUCUUUGGAAGUAGGUGAAAAUGACAAAAAAGAAGUAGCCUCUUUCAGUGCAGCACUAAUUUUGUCCUAUAAUAAGCAAAGAGUUUACAACUGAAUCAUGUAAUCAGUUCAGUAAAACCAAUUCUCACCCCUGCAGUGGGAAGGUAGUAUAAAAUCUUGGCAAAAGCAUUACCUUGAGUUUUAUUUAACUGAAGCAUUUAAGCACUGUUUGGUAUCUCUCAAGUAAGACAGUUCAGCCAAAAGCACAUGCUUCAUGGAGACUGAUAAAGUUUAGGAGCUGAAAGUGUUAUUGCAUAGCCCUCUGGUGCCACGUGUGAAACUCGCGUUCUCCCGUCCGUGCUCAGGCACAGGCCGUCCAUACCCUCUGCAGGCCCAGUGUUGGCUUUUCCUUCAGUCUAUCCCGAGUCCCUCCUCACCACCGUACUAACACACAGUCUCCAUUUUCUAUUGAGUAAAACUGCAAAGGCUUUAAGUCAUUGUCUAGUUCAACUUCUUUUCCUUCCAGCUGGAAUAACAAAGAAAAAAAAAAAAAAAAAUCCUGAUCAGACUUAAAACU